UGGCGGUUCGGCGGCUGGGGGAGGGCUGUUUCUGGACCUAGGUCUGCGCUGAACAUCGAGCCAUUAUGACCACGGCGCUGAUCUGGUCGGGCUGGGCCGCUUUGUUGGCGCUGACCGUAGCCGAUUUUGUGCUCGCUCGGACCGAGCCGAAAGCAAAAGAAGACUAUCGCAUCGAUCGGCUCCCUGGACUCGACGAUCAAGCCAAUGCCAGGUUUACACAGUAUUCUGGACACGUGCGAUACAGCCCGAAGGACAACUCCAGCUUGUUUUUCUGGCAUAUACAGGCUCAACAAGGCGUCCAAGUUCCUCGGCUGGUGAUCUGGCUCAAUGGAGGCCCAGGGUGCUCCAGUCUGGACGGCGUUUUGCUGGAGAACGGUCCUUUCCGUAUGACCCAAAGCGGCGCGAUAGAGAUCAACGAAUACAGCUGGUGGCGACACGCCAAUCUCCUCUAUGUCGAUCAGCCUGUAGGAACCGGGUUCAGCCUCGCAGAUAACACAUGGGCUCGCAGUGAAGCCCAAGUUGCCGAGCAGUUCAUAGCCUUUUUGGAUGAAUGGCUAAUGAUUUUCCCUGAAUUGAAAUCGCACGAGCUCUACAUCUCGGGCGAGAGCUAUGCUGGUGUCUUUAUUCCAUUUAUUGCUUCAGCCAUGCUCAAGCGAAAUCAUCUUGGAGGCAGCAAUCAGACCGUGCUCAAUCUGAGGGGACUGGCGAUCGGAAAUGGCUGGAUCGACCCUCUGGCAACAUACGAAUCGUACAUCCCUUUCUCGGAAAUGCAUCAACUGAUAGCCACUCGAUCCAAGGCCAGUCUAGCAGAGAAGGCUGCGUUGUGCACCAGCACAUACAAUUUGAAUCCAACAAUCAAGAACGAUAUCUGUGAAGCCCUUCAAAAUCAGGUGCUCGCGGAUACAAUGACGGGCGGCAGGUACUGCAUAAAUAUUUACGAUGUGAGGCUGCGGGAUGAGGGUCCCGACGACGGAUGUGGUCAAUACAAGUGGCCUCCGGGAUUGCUCCAGAUGUAUAAGUAUCUUGAGACGCCCGAGGUUACAAAGGCACUGAAUGUCGAGAAGAGAGAUCCUUGGGUAGAAUGUAGUUCUGACGUUCGAUCAAAACUCUCUGAAGACUCACCUCCCUCAUCUGAGCUUCUACCUGAGCUAUUAGAGAACAUACCAAUCAUAUUAUAUUACGGGGAUGUGGAUUGGAUAUGCAACUGGAUUGGCGCGCAAACAAUGAUUGAACGUCUGGAAUGGAAUGGUGAAAUUGGCAUGGGCAGCGCAGUGGAGCAACAAUGGUUUAUCGGCGAUCGAGCCGUUGGAACCUACCAAUCGGCAAGAAAUUUGACAUACUUCAAAGUAUACAACGGAAGCCACAUGCUACCGUUUGACAAGCCAGCGGAGGCUUUGGCCAUUAUCAGCCAACUGAUGCGCAUCAGUGACACCAACAUACUGCCUCCAAUUUCGAUAGGAAAGACGAACGAGACAGAACUAGGUUCAACAGGACAAGGAGGAGAGAACGAGGCCAUCCCAAAAAUAGGAUAUUAUGAACUCUUGUUGAUUGUUGGAGCAGUGGUCAUCUGCCUCUCCUGCGGAUUCAUAAUGAAGACCAGCAGACACAAAUGGAAACGCCUGGAUCUGGUUCGCUGUUGUGGAUGGAAACGGUCAGGAAGAGACUGGUAUGAACUAUCAAGAACUGAUGAGGAUGAAGGAUGACAAGCAAUAUGAAGGUCAGGCACGAUGGCAUGAGGAAAUUAUGAAGAGAGGAAGACCUUUAUCGAGCAAUGUACGAAUGACGAAAGAAAUUGGCAAAUCAGAAUGGAAUGGAUCAGUUUUCAACACAGGAGACGUGGAUCAAGGCAUGGGCGGCUCCGAAAAGCGAGCGAGGAGGAGGAGAGGGAUUGGCUUGGGCCAACUCCAGAGAAUGGGGGCAGGCUUUGAUGGGAAGUGUGGCUCAAAGAGGAGCAGACUGAUUGAUAAAGGAUCGCGAGCGACACAAUCGAAGCGA